AUGCUCUGUUCCAUUGAAGAUCAGCCUGAUAUUGGGGCAUUUAAAAUAGAUCUAAGGAAUGAUGAUUGUUCAAUCCCACAGUACAUGCAACACAAUUUCAUAAUCUUAACACUAAUUAACUCUUCAUUUGUACCUCAUUACUUAUGCAAUAGAUCAAGAAAUUUAAAAUGGUUGUUCAUAAGUGAAGGAAUUGAAUCUAUUGGUCAUCAUUCAUUUCAAGAUUGCUAUAAUCUAAGAGAAGUUUCACUUCCUAACUCUCUCAGAUCAAUUGAAAGCAGCGCAUUUCGUUAUUGCUACAAUUUGAACAUAAUAAAUACUCCAUAUCGAAUUGAAAUAAUUGAAGAGUUUGCUUUUUCCAGCUGUGAAAAAUUAACUAAUUUUAACCUUGAAAAUAUAACAAGAAUAGGCAAAUUUGCAUUUCGAUAUUCUGGACUAGAAAAUAUUAACCUUUCAAAAAAUAUUCAUGAAUUAGAAGAAGGAAUUUUUAUGUUAUGCAGUAAUUUCACAAAUAUAUCUAUUCCUGAUUCAAUAUAUACAAUAGGUAAUUCUACAUUUAGCCAAUGCAUGAAUUUAGAAGAAGUUUAUUUACCUGAUACAACAACAAGUAUUGGGCAUCGUUGCUUUUCAUGGUGUAAAAAAUUGAAAAAAAUCAACGUUCCAAAGCACUUACUUAAUCUUAGUAGCUACAUAUUUUCUGAAUGUUCUAGUUUAAGUAAUAUUGAACUUCAUGAAAAUUUAACAUGUAUUGGUGCAGGGGCAUUUAUGUAUUGUAAAUCCAUCAAUAGAAUUGUAAUCCCUGAAAAUAUAGGAAAUAUUGACGCUUUUGCAUUUUCUGGUUGUAGAAGACUUAUAGAAAUCAAUUUACCAGGAAAGAUAACAACAAUAUCAAAGAAUUUAUUUUCUUGGUGCAAUGCAUUAGAAACAAUAACCAUCCCACAAAAUGUGUCAGAAAUAGAAGAAAAAGCUUUUUAUUUCUGUGAAAACUUAAAAUCUAUCGUUAUACCAGAAAAAGUCACAGUGAUCCCAUCCUACUUAUGUUAUUGCUGCUAUAAUAUAACUAACAUUUCUCUACCAAGCAAUUUAAUCUUAAUUAAUGAAAGUGCUUUUAGUUAUUGUUUUAAACUUAUUGAUAUUAUAAUACUGAGCACUGUAACUUUUAUUGAAAAUUAUUCAUUUGCUAGGUGUAAUAAUCUCAAAAAUAUAAAUCUGCCUGAUACUUUAUUAACACUUGGAAAUUUAUGUUUUUUUCAAUGUACACAACUUGAAACAAUCGCAAUUCCAAACAAAAUUACAGUAAUUCAUCAGCAGUUAUUUUUUAGAUGUUAUAGUCUUUUAAAUAUCACACUACCAGAAAAUCUAAAAUAUAUUGAGGAAUAUGCAUUUGCUUAUUGCAUUAGUUUAAAAGAAUUUCCUACAUUGGAAAAUGUAGAAUCAAUCGAAUCACAUGCUUUCAAAGGCUGUCAAAGCUUAGUCAAACUAAAUAUCUCGAACAAAAUGCAAACUAUAAAUCGUUGGCUAUUCGAAAAUUGUACUAGCAUUCUAGAAAUAAUUUUACCAAAAAAUCUAAAUUAUAUUGGAGAUUUUACGUUUCAUAAUUGUUCUAGUUUAAAAAAGAUCAAAAUUCCAAGCAGUGUAACCAAAAUAUACCCAUGUACAUUUUAUAAUUGCAAAGACAUGCUAGAAAUUGUUCUUCCCGAAAAUAUGAUUGAAAUAUCUGGAAGUGCAUUUCAUAAUUGUAUUAGUCUUAUAAAUGUAAAUAUUCCAAUUAAAGUAAAUAAUUUAGGAGAAUAUGCCUUUUGUAAUUGUUCAAGCCUUAAAUUUGCAAAUUUAUCAUGCCAAAUUAAAUCAAUUUAA